CCAUUAAAUGCCAUAGAAGAAGAAGAAGAAAAAUUGCCUUUCUUUUUUCGUCGCACCGCGCAGGGGCUACGUGUUGUGAAAGGGACUACGCAAUGGAGACUUUGUUCCACGCAAACUUAAAGAAGGAGUUUUUGAAUGCACUUUGCGCCGUCCUGCUCCUCCUCACGUCUGCAGAGGAAGGUGUCAAAAACAGCCAGUGUCACAAUUACGCAGGAGGACACGUUUACCCCGGAGAGGCUUUCCGUGUGCCGGUGUCUGACCAUUCUCUGCAUCUCAGCAAAGCCAAGAUUUCCAAACCUGCACCACACUGGGAAGGCACAGCUGUCAUUAAUGGAGAAUUCAAAGAGCUGAAGCUGUCAGACUACCAAGGAAAAUAUCUUGUCUUUUUCUUUUAUCCCCUGGAUUUCACAUUUGUUUGUCCCACUGAGAUCAUUGCAUUUAGUGAUCGUGUGCACGAGUUUCACGCCAUCAACACGGAGGUUGUCGCCUGUUCCGUUGAUUCUCAGUUCACUCACCUGGCCUGGAUCAAUACACCUCGGAAACAGGGUGGACUUGGAGAAAUGAAAAUUCCUCUGUUGGCUGACCUCACUCACCAAAUUGCUAAAGACUAUGGAGUCUACCUGGAAGACCAAGGACACACUCUUAGGGGACUUUUCAUCAUCGAUAACAAAGGCAUCCUGAGACAGAUCACCAUGAAUGAUCUUCCAGUGGGAAGAUCUGUGGAUGAGACACUGCGGCUGGUCCAGGCAUUUCAGUACACUGACAAACACGGAGAAGUUUGUCCAGCAGGAUGGAAGCCAGGCAGUGACACAAUUAUCCCAGACCCUGCUGGCAAGCUGAAGUAUUUCGACAAACUGAACUGAUCUUCCCUUCUGGGGUUGUUUUUUUUCUUCCAGUCUCUAAAAGCCACUACUUCCUCAAAGUACAAAUAAAAUGUGUUUUCGUAAGAUUCUG